GCGUUGCCGAAGAGGGACGAACAAAACAAAAUAAAUAAAGCGUAAAAUACGCAAGUCAGUCAAAAAUAAUAUAAAAUUCGUAGUUUUUUCUUCAAAAUUCUCAGUAAUUUAUUGGAUUUAUAAAAUGGAUGGUGACUAUUUUGGUUGGAACUUACUUCUGAGAACCAUUGCCCAUGAUGUUCAAAGUGAUUUUGACAUCCUCGUUGCUGUAGUACACUGGCACAUGACCCGUAAAGGAUUCUCCUGUUUGGGCAUUGGAUGCGAUAAUAUAUAUGUGGACACAGAUAAGGGAUCAGAACUACUUCCGGACGAUUGGAAUGCUCAGGGAGACGUUUAUAGAUUGAGGUAUGUGCGUGAUGGAGAGCUCUUCAUUCUCACGGCAGUGAAGAAAGAGGAAAUGGUGGCUCUGUUUAAUUUGAUCAUCAUGAAAAAUAUGGAUCUAAGAAAUGUGGAGUUUAAAGUGGAGGACACCGUACGUGGGAGGACAGGAAGUCUCACAGAAGUACUCAAUGACGCUCCAAACGUUCUCAAGAAGAUUGAUGAGAAAUUGCUAAUUUCCAAGGCGGAGCAGGAUAGCUGGAAGGCAAAAGAGAAAGCAAGAAGGGAGAGACAUGAUCUCGAUGAUGAACAAAGUAGUCCUCUUGAGGUUCGUGGCUUUGACGUUCAUCGUAGAUUUCCAGAAAAUCCAUUUAGUGUGGGACGCGGGGAUUUGGACCCUCUGGGAAGAUUGGGUGGGGGGAUGCUCUUCCCCAGUCCAGAUAUGCCUUUUGCAGGCGGUAUCCCGGAUCCGGGUUUUGGUAUUCCUGGGGGUUUACCACGGGGAGCAGUACCACCAGGAGCACGUUUUGAUCCAUUCGCACCACAACCAACAAAUCCCCUUCGGGGGCCAGGAGGAGGACGUCCCAGGGGCGGUAGUCCGGACAAUGAUCAUUUCCCACCACCUGGCUACAAUGAUAUGUUUAUGUAAAGAGCUCACAGCAUUGAAUUUUUGGAAAUAAAACAUUCUUUUGAGAGAUAUUAA